AUGCACCCACGCAGUGCUCUGGAGGUGUGGGGUGCCUUCGGCUCUGGGGCUGUCUGGCCGUCUGUCUCGGCGCCCGGGUCCUCCCUGGACGGUGGGCCUGGUCUUUGGCGCAGUGGAAGAGGAGGAGGGCGCCGCUCCCUGCCCGGCCAGGUGUCCUCUCCGGGGGCGGGAUUUGGGAACCAGGCAGCUGGAGAUUCCCGGCUGCGCUGGGAGGUGGGCGGACGUCGAGGAGAGAAGUGCACGGGAGGCAGAGGCUGGGGACCCCAGGGGCGCACGGGGCAGGCAGAGGCGCGGGCCAGCAUGUUCUCCCGAAACCACCGGAGCCGGGUCACCGUGGCCAGGGGCUCAGCGCUGGAGAUGGAGUUCAAGCGCGGCCGCUUCCGACUUAGCGUGUUCAGCGACCCGCCGGAGGACACGGAGUUGCAGAGGAAGCUAGACCAUGAGAUCCGGAUGAGGGAAGGGGCCUGCAAACUGCUGGCAGCCUGCUCCCAGCGAGAACAGGCUCUGGAGGCCACCAAGAGCCUGCUGGUGUGCAACAGCAGAAUCCUCAGUUACAUGGGCGAGUUACAGCGGCGCAAGGAAGCCCAGGUGCUGGAGAAGACAGGACGGCGGCCUUCUGACAGCGGGCCGCCCCCUGAGCGCUCCCCCUGCCGCGGCCGGGUCUGCAUCUCCGACCUCCGGAUCCCACUCAUGUGGAAAGACACAGAGUAUUUCAAGAACAAAGGUGACCUGCACCGUUGGGCUGUAUUUCUAUUGCUACAGCUAGGGGAGCAGAUUGAGGACACAGAGAUGAUCCUGGUGGACAGGACCCUCACAGACAUCUCCUUUCAGAACAACGUGCUCUUCACAGAGGCGGGGCCAGACUUUGAACUUCGGCUAGAACUGUAUGGGGCCUGUGUAGAAGAAGAAGGGGCUCUGGCCGGCGCCCCCAAGAGGCUUGCCACCAAACUCAGCAGCUCCCUGGGCCGUUCCUCAGGGAAGCGCAUCCGUGCAUCCAUGGACAGUGCAGGGGCCUCAGGGAGCAGUCCCAUCCUGCUCCCCACCCCAGCUGUGGGGGGUCCUCGUUACCACCUCUUGGCUCAUACCACACUCACCCUGGCAGCAGUGCAAGAUGGGUUCCGCACACAUGACCUCACCCUCACCAGUCAUGAGGAGAACCCUGCCUGGCUGCCCCUUUACGGUAGUGUGUGUUGCCGCCUGGCAGCUCAGCCUCUCUGCAUGACUCAGCCCACUGCAAGUGGUACCCUCAGGGUGCAGCAAGCUGGGCAGCUACAGAAUAGGGCACGAGUGUAUGGAGUCCUGAAAGGCACAAACCUCUUCUGUUACCGGAGACCGGAGGAUGCAGACACCGGGGAAGAGCCUCUGUUAACUAUUGCCAUCAACAAGGAGACUCGAGUCCGGGCAGGGGAGCUGGACCAAGCCCCAGGACGGCCCUUCACCCUCAGCAUCAGUAACCAAUAUGGGGAUGAUGAGGUGACGCACACCCUUCAGGCAGAGAGCCGGGAAGCCCUGCAGAGCUGGAUGGAGGCUCUGUGGCAGCUCUUCUUUGACAUGAGCCAGUGGAAGCAGUGCUGUGAUGAAAUCAUGAAAAUUGAAACUCCUGCUCCCCGGAAACCACCGCAAGCCAUGGCCAAGCAGGGGUCCUUGUACCAUGAGAUGGGUCAUACAGCUAUUAAAGGAGCAGAUGUUGGAGGUGACAUUUGGGGACCGGAGAAGAUGGAAGGAAGAUGAAAAAUGGAGAGUGGGCUCUGCAUGUGAAAAGGCUGGAAGUAUUUAUAGCCAAGUGGGAAAAAGGGUCUGUGGACAUUGGAAAGAUUAGUGGGGGAGUUCAGCAGGGUCUUCUUACCUGUAUCCCUUGGUGUGAAGUGAGAACCAGCAGUACUCGGAAGGGGAGGACACACCAGUGGACCUGGAAGGAGGUGAAUCAGAGCAGGGAGAAAAAUCAGAAUGGAGACAUGAGGCGUCAGAAGAGUGGAAAUUCAGAGGGUUAAGAGAGCUAGCUAUUCCUUGAGAUUUGAAAGGGCAGGGAGAGGGCUAAGUUCAGCAACACUGCUUGCAACUCCACAGCUUACCUGAGUGAUAAGUGGGGGGCUCACUCCGGCGCGCUCACUAACAUGGAGCUGGCGCUGGGCCAAGGGCGCACCGUCAGGAGCAGCACUAAGAACCUGAGCGGUUGGUCCAUGAACUACCCCAAAAAGCGUGAGGUUGCGGGUAGGCAUCUGUAGCACACUAAGAUUGUUGCACAGGGCAGCGGCAGAGCCUUGAAGAGGGAUGGAGCGCUCCCGGCGGAACAUCCUGUGGGAGACACCUGAAUCACCGCGCGCGGGAAAAAGAUCACAGUGGAGAUUGGGGAGGGCAGACAACCUCGAGGCACUAAGGAAGACCUCUGAGACUAGGUGAUGAGAUGGGGUGCCAAGAGAACAGUGAUGGGGAGGAUCGCUGGGUGGAGAAAGGGGCUGGUGAUGCACAGUAGGGAAGUCCCAAGGCUGAGUCACGGGGCUGAGGAAAUCCCAGAGGAGGAAUGGUGAUGGCACAGGACCGGACGGCUCCAACUGGUCAAGUCCAAAAGACAGAAUUUGGCUCCCAGGGAUUUUCCCCUUCAGUUUCGCUCCCUGAAGUCCGUGCCUGGGUCUAAGUUCGCACCAAGGGCCCCAGAUCCCCUUACCUGACUCCAGGAUCCUUCUCUCCCUCGGAAUCCGCCGCCACCAUAGAGACGACGCACACACGCACGCUGCUGGGUGGGGUGAGCGGCCAGAUUGCGCGUGCGCCGCGUGUCCGGUUGCCGGGGUAACUGGGUGUGGGGCGGUGCCAGCGAGCUUCGCGGUUGCCGAGGCGACCGUUGAGCCGAAGCAGUCGCUACCUAGCUGAGCGCCCAAGAGACAACUGACGCCGUCGCGUCCGAGCUACCGCAGCAGCAAUGGCACAGGAAAACACGGUGAGCUUGAGCCCUAUUAGGAAUACGCCAGAGCUGAGGUCGGCCAGUAAGGAUGGUGUUGGGAACAGCGGGCCAGUUCCACGGCGCCCGGUGUUCAGGAUGGGUCAAACCACGUCGAUGCUCGGGCAGGAAACGUACACCUGUACGGUGCCCACUCCCACGCUUUGUCACACCCUGGCCAUGAGGGAAAGAGUCAGUUGAUGUAGAGUUCGAGAGCUACAAGUAAAUUUGGAAACAGCUAAUACAUGUAAUAAAUCUCUUACAAGUGCAUAAACCAAAA